GAGACCGUCCGUAGAAAGCCAGCGAUCCAGAAUCCCACGCUCGCCUUAGCCAACGCAGCCCCUAAAACCCAAAACCCCAAUAAACUCUCUUUAGCUCUCAAAGUACAGUACACGAGCGCAAACUCGAACACUGUUAAUGAGCAGGGCUUGAUAGCGUAGAAGAUGAAGGAAGAAGACGCGGGACCCCCGCGUAGAGAACUGUACGCACUGCUUCACUUGGCACCGGACGCCACCGAUGAAGAAAUCAGGAGGGCUUACCGUCAGUGGGCUCAAGUCUAUCACCCUGAUAAAUACCAGGAUCCCCUUAUGAAGGAAACUGCCACACAAAAUUUUCAACGGAUAUGCGAAGCAUAUGAAAUAUUGUCAGAUGAAAAUAAAAGACAAAUAUAUGACAUAUAUGGUAUGGAAGGGUUGACUUCUGGUUUGGAACUUGGUCCAAAGCUGAAUAGGGCAGAAGAGAUAAAGGAAGAACUUGAAAGGUUGAGACGGAUGAAGGAGCAAGAAAAUAUAUCCACACAUGUCCGUUCUUCAGGUGUAAUACUGGCCAACUUGUCUCUCCCACAUUUUUUAGUCGGCGAUGGCAUUAUGAGAGGAAUGGCUAUGGCUAGUCAACUUGACUCUCAACUAUCAAAACAUGAUACUAUUACAAUGGGUGGAAAUUUGCAAGUUAGUGAGACCUCUGGUGGUGGAGUUGCAACUGCUGUGCUUAGGCGUCAGCUUUCUGCGGUUUCAUCCAUAGAAUUUAUGGCUUCAGCAGGCUUGCGAGCUCUUAUUGGGGUACAAACAACUCGUCACUUAUCUUCGCACUCAUCAGCAACUAUGGGCAUUUCGAAGUCUUUGAGCGAUGGUUCAAUAAAUCUUUCUAAUUCUUGGACCCGUCAACUUUCUGAAACAGCAAGUGGAAAUAUAGAGCUUUUGUUAGGUUCUGAGUCAUAUAUUGCAGUUGGAUGGCGAAAGAAAGAUGAAAAGAUGUCUGCAGCAGGAGAUCUGAAGAUUGGCACCUCUUCGUUUGGGGCAUCAGCUCAUUAUACCCAUCGCUUUUCCUCUAAGUCUCAUGGACGAAUUGGUGGCAGAUUUGGAAGCACUGCUCUUGAGAUCGAAGUUGGUGGUGGGAGAAAAAUAUCUAAAUUCAGCACUGUCCGAAUGCUGUAUACUGUUGGAAUUCAGGGCAUUUUUUGGAAAUUUGAAUUGCAUCGUGGGGGACAAAAGUUAAUUAUUCCUGUAUUGCUUUCCAGCCAUCUGAAUCCUGUGUUUGCAACUGGGGCAUUUAUAAUUCCAGCAUCAGUUUACUUUUUACUCAAGAAAUUUAUCAUUAAACCAUAUUAUCUUAAAAGGGAAAAGCUGAAAGCUCUUGAGAAUAUUGAGAGAACCUCUGCCCAGGUUCAAGAGGCAAAGGCGGCAGCAGAAAAAGCUCAGCGGUUGUUAGAAAAUGUGGCCAAUAGGAAAAGAAAUAGGCAAAUUGAAACAAAUGGACUGGUCAUCACUAAGGCAACGUAUGGAAGUUCCAAGGUUUUGAAGAAAGGAGAUGAAUCAAGAGAAAUGAAUGACGAAUUAGCUUCCCAACUUUUUGAUGUUACGAUACCUCUUAAUUUUGUGGUUAAUGAUUCUGGUCAACUCAAGCUCCAUGAGGGUGUGAAGAAGUCGGGCAUUAUGGGUUUUUGUGAUCCUUGUCCUGGAGAACCGAAGCAGUUGUAUGUGGAGUACACUUAUUGUGGCCAGAGAUACGAGGUAUUUGUUGAUGAUUAUGCGGAGUUGAUAGUACCACAAGAAGCACACAGGAUCUAGAUUCACUGCACAAUGCUUGAGACCAUCGUUACUCUUAUAAACGUUUCACUUGGAUUUUCAAAGUGAUGCAACCAGGUGACCACUUUUCUUCCCCUUUAUUGUUAUAAUUGGCUUGUUUUGGAAUGACAUAUUUAAUUGGGGGGAAUUGAUAAAUCAUUUUUUCUUUUUCUGUUGUAUAUUACUCACAUGGAAUAAAAGUCGUGUACGCUGAUUUAUAGAGGUGAAACAUCAUUUUCAGUGUUGUUUCAUUUUCCCGAACGAGGCAGUUAUUUUUUUAGUUUCUGCCACCGGAUUUUGGAGGCGUGUGAUUGAAAAUAUGGAACUUUCCCGCUACUUCUUCACGACCUGAGUUGUGAACUUUAAUGUAUUUUGAUUAUUUGUCGUAAAA